CAUAAAUUCCCCUCCUCGACUCCCAAUAACCUAUGGCCAUACCUUAGAUUCCUUGCUGAGCCAACCUUAGAGCUAAGACUAGUAAACAUGUCGUCUCCAAACGCAAAGCCUUUGAGUCCAAACCCCAAGAGUCCCUUCCUGAGCGGCAACCUGCAACUCUAUCAAAUCCACCCACAAGUUGUCACUCCAUUGGGCAAAACCAAAACCCGUAGUCGAAUGGAUUCCAUUACCUUCGCCCGCCAUGUUUUGAUUGGCUGUGGUCUCAUGGGCUUUAUCUUUGGGAUUUCGAGCCUUGCAGGUUCGGAGGAUCUUGAUCAACCACCCCACCGCGCUCUCGCAGAGCUCCACCACACGCACAUCCAGCAGCACGAACUCCACCUGAGGGGCAACGAAGCACUCGUGGAAGAAACGACGCCUCAGCCUGGAAACUACAUUCCAGUGUCAUGCCCGGGUGUCUUGGAGCAGAUGAGGACUGGAACACUCGCGGUCAAAGACCCUAACAAUGGCAUUCUUCAUGGCCGCCAAGUCGAACGAGACCCGAAGUUUUGGAUAUCGCUCCAUACAAAAGAAUUCGACAAGACAAGGUGGGAUGUGAUGGUAUCGGGUGACUACUAUAAACGUUCUCUUAGUGUGGCUUUUGUUGAGAUUCUCCAAGACACUGCCCCUGGUGCACGUGUUUUGGAUGUUGGUGGAAACAUUGGUUACUUCACUCUACUGUCAGCGUCAAAGGGUCCUGUCAUUGUUGACGCCUUUGAACCAAACGCCAAGAAUCGUCUUCGCUUCUGUGAAUCUCUGAACUUGAACCAGUGGAACAGCGAGUUUGAUGUUUCCAUUAUUAAGACCCCUGCUGCUGAACAAUCAAAGGUCAAUCUUUAUCCGUUUGGGGUCGGGCGAGAAGAUGGAAUGUUCACAUUUCAGGAAAACAGCAAUCCUGGACAAGGGAAGUUUGGAAAGAAGGCCGAAGACGGCGAGGAGGGAUUCCAAGUUGUGACCUUGGAUGGGCUUGCCAAGAAACGUAACUGGUUUGAAUCACGUCCAGAUAUUGCCCUGCUGAAAAUAGCUGUAGAGGGACUGGAAUACAAUGUAAUUCUUGGUGCUUUGGAAUUGCUUCAAGCCCGCAUGAUUCGAAACAUAUUGAUGGAAGUCUCCGCUAGGAAUUCUGAAGAAAUGGAACUCAACAAACCAGCCCUGGACCUUCUCAUAGAAGCAGGUUACAAGCUCCACAAGGUUGGGGGCUGGAGAGGACCCGACAAGGAUCUUGAGCUGGAUCCAAACAAAGAUGCUGCUGAGCAGAUCAUGGAGAAAACAUUAGGAGAGAAGGCUCGACAGUUGAAUCUAUGGUGGACACUCUAGGGAGUCCAGUAGCUACAUGCAUCCAAACGUUUACUCGAGUAUAUCAACGUAGCUAGCGCGGACGCGACUUCAUUUCAAUGGUAGCUCUUGCAAAAUACAUGCCCACAACGUGCAGUGAAGGUGGUGGUAGUCACAGCCAGCUGGACGAGAACUACCGGUAUACCAGGUAGCGGAAAACCCUGUCCAGACUACACUUUCAUCUUUAUAAGGCUUAUUUGUUC